AUGACUCAUUUAGAGGAACAGCACCAGUCAAGAAUUGAUAUGAUGUCAAAGGCAAUAAAAUCAAUAGCAUUCAAGAAACAACAAACAACAAAAGCAUUCCAAAAGGGUGAUGAAGUUGAAGUAGCAAGUCAAGAACAUGGCUUCAUAGGUUCUUAUUACACAGCAACUAUUGUUUCUUCCAUUGGCGCUUAUCAUUACAAAGUCAAGUACAAAACUUUAUUGACCAAUGAUCAAUCCGCGCCACUAGAGGAAAUUGUUUCUGUCUCAGAGGUCCGCCCUGUGCCACCUGAUCAACAUGAAAUAAUGUUAAAAAAUAACCUCCGUCUGUAUGAUAUGAUUGAUGUGUUUGACAAUGAUGGCUGGUGGUUCGGGCUUAUCACGGGGAAAAUUGGAUCAAAGUACUCUGUGUAUUUUCCUACAACUGGGGAUCAAAUUGCAUAUCCUCCUGAUGUGUUGAGAUUUCAUCAAGAAUGGUCUAACGGCAAGUGGAUAUUUCUUCCGAGGCAAGGAAAGAUGUUUGGCUUGUACUGA